AUGUCACGACGAACCGGUGCCACCAAUGCCGGCGAGAAAGAGACUUCGGUCGAGCCAACAAAUAACAGCCAAGAGAAGCAGGCCAUGCUGUUGGCUCAGGACACCGGCCAUUUCAGCAUGAUUAGGGCACUGCACUUGGCCGACCUGAUCACCGAAAUGAACGGAUUCUGUGGAUUCAUGUCUAUCCUCUCCUCCAUGCGAUACUGCCUAUCCGACCCGCAGGACCUGACCAACCUUUGGUUCGCUUUCGCACUCAUGCCGUUUGGACUGUUCUUCGACUUCUUCGACGGCAAAGUCGCACGGUGGAGGAAGAAGUCCUCAUUGAUGGGCCAAGAGCUGGAUUCAUUGGCUGAUCUGGUUUCUUUCGGAGUAGCCCCUGCCGCGGCGGCCUUUGCCAUCGGAUUUCGCACGAAUGUCGACCAAUUAUUCCUGGCCUUCUACGUACUCUGCGGGUUGACCAGAUUGGCCAGGUUCAACGUCACGGUUGCCAUGCUUCCUAAGGACAAGACCGGAAAGUCCAAGUACUUUGAAGGCACGCCGAUUCCCUUUGCCUGUCUGACGAGUUCGGCGGUCAUGGCUACAUGGACUUUCAUGGGCCACGUUCACGAUUCUUUACCUCUGGGGACGGCCUUGCCCGGAACACUGCUCGAAUUCCACCCUGUUGGUCUUCUCUUCGUCAUCAACGGCUGUCUGAUGGUUAGCAAGACGCUGCAUGUUCCCAAGCCUUAA